CCUUCUUUUCCUGACUGCAACUCUCCACAUUUUACCACCCUAUUCAGCUCCACGAUGGUCCUGCAGGUGCCUGAGGGCCCCUGGGCAGCGGCUCUGACGGUGUUACUGCUGGUACUGCUCAACCCCGUGGUCCAGGGCAGGGCCACUCCAGAGAACUACGUGUUCCAGAGGCGGGCGGAGUGCUACGCGCGCAACGGGACGCAGCGCUACGUGUACAGACAGAUCUACAACCGCCAGGAGCACGUGCGCUUCGACAGCGACGUGGGCCUGUUCCAGGCGGUGACGGAGCUGGGGCGGCCGGACGCCGAGUACUGGAACGGGCAGAAGGACGUCCUGGAUGACGCGCGGGCCGAGGUGGACACGGUGUGCAGACACAACUACGAGCUGAACGAGGCCGUCACCCUGAAGCGCCGAGGUGAGGCCUUGGUCCAGGGCCGGGGCGGCCGGGGGACCCAGGCCCAGAGGGCAGGGACAGCCAGGCCGCGUCAGGGGCCGUCGAGGGGAAGGGAAGGAGGAGCCUUGGGGCCUGGGCAUGAUGGGGGCGCCAGGCCGGAGGCUUGUCCCGGAGCGAGGCCUGAGCUGGGCCGAGCACGGAUGGGGGGAGAUGGAGGCAGACGGAUCCUCAGGCCUGGCAGCCGACCGGGUGUGGGCUGAGGGGACCCAGGAGACAGGGACACGUGCAG